AUGGCAAACAUCUGCAUCAAAGAGAUUACCAAGCAUCCUGUCAACGAUAUCCCCGAUAUCUAUUACAAACUAGGUUCACGACUCAUCGAGUUGGAUCACCAUGAGAAAGCACUUCCUCUAUUCCUCGAACUAUUGAACAAAGCUGAAAAUUUGGAAUAUGAAUUUAUUUGGUUAAAACUAGGUACUAUUUAUAAAGCAUUGAAUAACUACCAAUUAGCAAUUAAAUAUCUACAAGAUUUUAUCGAUGCUGAACCAACAAACAAAGAAGCAUGUCUAUUGUUAUCUGAUAUCUAUAAAGAAACAGGUGAUCAUGAGAAAUCAUUACAAUUAUUAACUCAAGCUGAUAAUAAUAAUACAAGUGAAGAUAGUGAAAAAGGAAAGUUUGAAUCAACUCUUAAUGAUUUAGAAUCCAAACGUUUAAAGGCAACUCAACAAGAUAUUAAGGAAUUGUUCAAGGUUGCCGAUGACUUUAUGAAUCUUUCAAAGUAUCCACAGUUUCUAGGUAUUUCAAGAGCGCUGUUGAAUGGAUCCGGUGACAAUGUUAGAUUGAAGAAAAAGACGGUACUAGGUGGAGCUCUCACAAUGAGAUCGGUUCCAAGACGAAUCGAUCGUUAUAUACGACACGUAUCACAUCGUAGUAAUCAACCAUUCGCCGAGAGAUUAGAUGAAAAAGAUUACUUCUUUUUAGUGACAAAUACAUGUAAAGUAUUAUUAUUAUUUCAUAGAUAUGAUGAAGCCAGUACAUUUCUUAGAUAUGCACUCAGAAACAUUAGGUUUGUUACACAAGCCUAUUCACAUCAACUCAACUUCUUGUUAGUUGGUAUCGCCUUCAAUGUAUCGAGACCGCUACUGGCAUUCUCACACUUUAAAUAUGUUUGUACAAAGAAACCUUUUAGCAAUAGAAUAUGGAACUUGUUUAAUAAAGUUGUAUUAAUGUCAAAAGGAGAUUACUUCUUUACACAUAAAGAUUUUAUAAGAAAGCUACUAAAUGAAAAUCCUACUAGUUUACCAAUGAGAAUCAUCACUGGUAAUUCUCAAAAGACAACGGGUAACGCAAAGAGUGCACUACUCGAGUAUCUGAGAGCAUUCAAGUGUCAACCAGAAGAUCCUCUUGUCAAUCUACUCAUCAGUGUUACCAUACUAUGUCAAUCUUUAGGUAGAAAGAAUCCAGAUAGACAUAAAAUCGUAUUGACUGCAUUCUCUUUCUUUUAUAAAUAUAAAAUGAUAAGACAAAAUAAAGAACUUCAAGAAGUAUAUUAUAAUUUAGGUAGAGCAGCACAUCAAUUGGAAGACAAUCCGGAAUUGGCCUCUCAACUUAUUAAACAAUAUUGUACAAUUUAA